AUGUCUGGCGUCAAGAGAACAUUUGAUUUCCAAGGAGAAGCAUCAUCUAAACGCGUUCGAUUUGACAGCAAGUCAAAAUCAAAAAGGAACAGUGGGGAAACUGAUUUCGAGUUUAAUCAUGAAGACGAGCUAGAGGACAAGAAAAAUCGCCGUGGAGCAGUAAAUUUUGACGUCUACGAUAGCGAUGAUGAAGAAGUAGGCGGUGGUGUCUACAGCAGCGAUUCAGACGAUGAGGGAAGCAAGAGGAAGAAGGACGAAGAGGAGGAGAAGGUGCCCACUGCACCUGGAGAAGAUUUUGAUAUGUUUGGUGGCGAACCAGAGCCUUCCACAGAGAAAGGGAAGGGCAAAGCCAACCCCAAUCAAGAGAUUGAAGGCCAAGAAUUCAAUUCGUACGACCGUGAAUCGGAAGACGAGUCAGACAUUGAGGAUGGACAAAAGAAAGAGUCAAAGAUCUCAGCAUUCAAUAUGAAGCAAGAGAUGGAGGAAGGUAGUCUGGAUGAAAAGGGAAACUAUAUUCGCAACAAAGUGGAUCCGCAAGCAUUUCAUGACAAGUGGAUGGAAGGCAUUUCUCGCAAGGAUAUGAAUCAAGCAAAGGCAGCUCACGAGAAGCGUGAAAGAGAGGAAGCGUUGAAGGAAGCAGAACGUCAGUCAAACGUACCUCAAUCACAAAAUGAUAUAUACAAGGCAUUGGUGGAAUACUUGAAGCCUGGACAAACAGUGCAGGAAGCAUUAACAUCGCUGGCGAAUUCAUUGCCCAAAAAGCUACCUGCUUGGAAGCAAAAGAUGCUAGACAAGAAGAACAAGAACAAAAAGGGCAAAGAAGCAGCAGGGCCCGCCCCAUUGACAGAGCAAGAGGAGGCAUCCAGACGCAAAACAGUAGAAACCAUCACAGGGUUAGCGGAUCAAAUGAUGGCACUGGGACAUUUCAAUAUCUAUGAAGACACAUUUGAGAUUAUGGUGCGUCACUUAAGGAAAGAAGGCGUUGUGCCUCAAGACUGGAUGCCUGAUUCUUUUCAAUAA